CGUCGUUAUGUCAUUACGACAGAUGUCGGUCGAGCAGCCCUUACAAGGUACAAAUGCAUCGACUUCUCCGACUCCAUACUGCGAAUUUAUUGCCAUAUGGCGCCAUCGAAAUCUGAGCUCGGACAGCAGAGACGAAUGUGGAUCAGGCAAAAGACGUUCCGGCAGAGAAAUAUGACCCGGGGCCAAAAGUGGCUCGAUUCAGUCCUUGAAGACAGCCGCUUCAAGCCGAAACGUCACUCGGUCAUCCCGACAGCCCAAGAAGAUGUGCUCGGUACUCUUAUAGACGAUAUUUUCCACAGAGUGCCCUAUGAGGUGCUUCCCUACAAAUCAAGGAACAGCAAGCCUAUCACAAUAGUCACGGAAAAACUUUGCUACUUCGAAUCCCUUUACCGGAAGACAAAUCAGGAGGCUCACGCUUAUUUUACAAACAGGUUGGAUGAAGCUUCAUUUACCAAUUUCCAGAAACAGCACGGACCCCAGCUGGUGGAGAUUCUCAGAAAGAACCAUCUCAGAGGCAAAGACGGAUGGCUUUGUGAGAGCGAGGUCUUCACGUGUCUGCAGCUUCUUCUCGAGACUGUUCCAAAGGAGUGCAUCAUGGCCCCAGAUGAGGCCGUCAUUCCAGCCAUUGAAGGGGAGCCCUUACAGCUAUUCGACCACAAAUUUCUGGCGCAGGUCCAGCAGGAAAAGCCUAGGUGUAUACUCCUCCCCUGGAACGCUGGACAUCACUGGGUUCUUUUUCUGAUUCACCUGAGCGGGAAGGGUCUUUUCAUAAUUGACACGGUUCCUCGAAGUAAUAGCGAAAAGUUUGCGGUCGAGUGGGCUACGCACUUCAUGCCUGUCUGGAACACGACUGGUUUAGGCGACAUAAACUCAUGGGCACUCUGCAAAAUUGGGAAGCAAGAUGACGACUGGAGCUGUGGCUACUGGAUGCUGGAGGUUGUGCGCCGGAUCUGUUUUCAAAAAGGCCUACUCGAGCAGAGCUGCGAGGCCCCUACGGCGCUAAUCAGUGCUGGAGGCCCCAAGGGUGUCGAUCCACUCCUCGAUUUCAUUCGUUCGGCUAUCAAUAUCAACAUCACGGAGGACCAUCUCGACAAAAGCAUUCUGCCUGAAGGCCAUCGAUCACAGAAUACUGACAACAUAGAUUACAAGCACAGAUGA